AUUCAGAACAUAUAAUAGCUAAAAGUGGAUGUAAAGCAUUAUGAAUGGUGUCAUGGAUGAUCAGUACAUUGGACAGUUGGCAGCAUUUUGUGAACAAGUCUACCAGAGUAGCAGCCCAAAUGACAGAAGGCAGGCUGAAAAUGUGUUGAAUGAGUUCAUGAAUUCAUCCGAUGCCCUCGAGAAAUGCAUACAUGUACUCAAAAGGGCCCCAAGCACCUUCACAUUAUUGUGGAUAUCAUCUUGUCUAAUGAGGUUACUACAAAGAGAGCGACUAUUUGUGCAGACAGAGACAAAACUUGAAAUAAGGAACCUAUGUCUGAACUACUUAGCGAACCAGCCGAACGAGUUGUAUGUUACACAAAGUCUGACCAGGCUUCUGGUUAAAGUGGUGAAACUAGGUUGGUUUGAGAGUGUCAACGAGGAACAUGUCUUCAGGAAAACUAUUGAUGACGUCCAACUUUUCUUGAAGAGGGACGUGCCAAGUUGUUCUGUUGGUGUGUACAUUCUCAGCUGUCUGAUCGACGAAAUAAACGAGUCCUCAACAAUAAGAUCACUGGUCAGACAACGGAAGAUCGUGUCUUCAUUCCGAGACGAAAGUCUCAAGUCUCUCUUCACCCUGGGUCUCACUUCCGUAAAGCAACUAUCUGUAUCUGCGGUUAACUCCAACCAAGAGAGCAGCAAGCUGAUGGAGAAUGUGCUGCAGCUCCUGUUGGCUUGUUUAACUUUUGAUUUUAUUGGCACUGCGCCAGAAGAAAGUACAGAUGACACAGGGACUCUUCAGAUACCCACCGCUUGGAGACCCGCGUUUAUCAGCAAUGAUCUGCUCCCCAUGUUUUACGAUCUGGCUAUAAGCCUCCCUCCCACCCUCUCAGAAAAGGCAUUGCAAAUAUUGGUACAAUUAGUAUCGGUGAGAAGAUCUCUAUUUUCAACAACUGAACGAAAAAGUUACCUGCAGAGUAUAAUGGAUGGCAUUAAAAAGGUAUUAGACAACGGUUCAAUACUGAGUGAGCCAGCCUGUUACCAUCAGUUCUGCAGACUGCUGGCUAAACUCAAAUGUAACUAUCAGCUUAAUGAAAUCGUGGAUAUCGAGGGAUACGAAGGUAUCAUUGAUACCAUCGCCAAGUUCACUAUAUCUAGUUUAGAGAAUUGGCACUUCUCCUCCAACAGUAUACACUAUCUUUUGUCACUUUGGCAGCGCCUUUGUACAGCUGUGCCCUAUGUUAAAAGUGAUAAAAAUCAUUAUCUCCCUGUCUACGCACCACAAAUCAGCAAAACAUUCCUCAAAUCCAGACUGGAAUUGGUUCUUGGAGUUUUAAGGGACGGAUUAGAAGACCCUUUGGACGACGUGGCCACAUUACACCAACAAUUAGACCUUUUAUCAACGGUUGUUCGUAUCGAAUAUCCCACUAAUUGUAACACAGUGAUAGCCCUGCUUGAGGAAGCAGUGUCCGCAUUCCAGAGCGCCAGUUCCUUGUCACUUCAAAACCUCACUAUUCUCGAAAAUAGACUAACUUGGAUCGUUUUAUUCAUUGGGUCAAUGAUCGGAGGAAGAGUGAGCUUCCAAGUUAAUGACGAUAAUGAUACUUUAGACGGCAGAUUGAUAUGCAGUGUGUUGAGGUUAAUGCAGAUCUCCGAUGCGAGGCUUGAACAACACGGAAGUAAAAACUUGGAAGUUGGAUUUGUCUUCUUUUUCGAUCAGUUCAGAAGGAUUUACAUCGGAGAACAAGUUAACCGACCGUCUAAUCCUACCCCCCAGGUUUACAAGAUCCUUGCAGAGACUCUUGGUUUAACUGAAGAGAGUAUGCUGCUCGAUGUUCUGAUUAAGAAAAUAUUGACAAACCUCCGGUAUUGGUCUAAGAACAGAGACAUAGUUGAUGAAACUAUGCAGCUAUUUAACAACCUCAGCAUUGGUUAUACCUGUGUUAGAAAAAUGAGCAAGUUAGAUGCCGUCAAGUUUAUGCUUGCUAAUCAUAACGCAGAUAAUUUCCCCUUCUUGGGCGACUUUUCGUCAGAAUGUCUGAAAACGAGACAGUUAUUCUACCAGUCCCUAGGUAGAAUACUGUUAGUGGAUCUGGGAGAGGACGAGGAGAAGUUCACUGAGUUCAUGCAUCCUUUAACAACUACGAUAGAGAGUAUGUUCGAGCAGAUCGCUACAAACCAAGUCCAAUACGACGAGCAACUGAAACUAAAAACAGUUGGAUUAUGUUGUGAUCUGAGGGGUCUUGUCCUCUCCUUCACCAACAAAUCCUGUUUUAUCAUGUUCUUCGACUGGCUGUACCCCAAGUAUCUGCCGCUGUUGACCCAGGCGCUGGUUCGCUGGGCUGACUGCCCUCUCUUGACAACCGCCGUGUUGAGGUGUGUAGCAGAGAUUGUGCAGAACAAGUCUCAGAGGUUGAUGUUUGAUGUUAGCUCUCCUAAUGGCAUACUUCUCUUUAGAGAAGUCUCCAAACUCCUCUCUCAAUACGGAGAGCGAGUGUUAGCUAUCACGGACGUGCCGGACGAUGCAAUGUACCGCACAAAACUCAAACAGAUCAGUUUGUGUUUCCAAAUUCUCAGAUCCGCCCUCGCCGGCGGAUACGUCAACUUUGGAGUGUUUCAGCUCUACGGGGACGAGUGUCAUAUGAACGCUAUAAAUAUGUUUAUAAAGUUAUUGGGUGCUCUACCUGACCGAGCUCUUAUGGAAUAUCCCAAGUUGAGCAGCGCGUACUAUUCCCUCAUGGACAUAGUUACUCAAGAUCAUAUGACUUUACUAGGGAACGUGGAUCCUAAUGUGAUAGUAUACAUUUUAUCCACCCUGGCUGAAGGAAUCGCAUCCGUCGAUGUGACAGUAAGUACAGCGUGUUGCAGCUCACUGGACAACGUUAUCACUUUUAUCUUCAAGAAGACAAAGCGGAAUGGGGAAACCAUGGUCGUGGAGAAACUCAGAGACAUCGUUAAGAUGCAGAAUAACGUCUUCCAGCAGAUAAUGAACUCGAUAGUUCACAUAGUGAUGUACGAGGAAUGUAAGAACCAGUGGAGCAUGAGUAGACCGCUCCUUGGCCUUAUUCUCCUUAAUCAGGAUUAUUUCAAGGAGAUGCAGCAGAACUUUGUAUCAAUGCAGCCUCCUGACAAACAAGGAUUGCUGGCCAAAUGUUUUGAGAACCUCAUGACGGACGUGGAACCUAACCUGCUCGGAAAGAACAGGGACAGGUUUACUCAACACGUGGCCAUAUUCAGACGUGACGUGUGCGUUCAACUUCACCUACCACGUGCAGAUCACGAGACAACUGAAAAUAACAUGAUGUUGUCAUGACGACACCUCAAUAACGGACUUGUCAGUUGUCAAGUGCAAAACUCUACUGUGUGCUUAUGACUCUCACCUUAGGAUGUAUCAUUUAACUCUUAUUCAGUGCCGAAACUUGUUUAUAUUUCAAGUUAUAAAACUUUUGUGCUCUCCUGCUGUGAAUUUAGGAAUUUUCCUAAUUCCUUGUCGACUAGUUUCAAUAAAACGCCUGUUCACAUUCACUGCCAAUUACAAAAUUUAGGUAACGUUAAUUGUCAUGUUAUCAAUUACAGCUAAGCCUUAUCAGUGCUCUAAAUAAUUAUUACAUGUCGAAAUGACUGAGAGUAAUUGAGUUAAUUGGACGGUGCACCUCCUUUCACUGUCAGUAAUUGGUCUUAUUAAGCGGGCAGUCACAUUUUAUUUUAUUCUCUCCCAUUUCUUGUCUGUAUUUCUUUGGUAGUAAAAAUGUCUUUUGCACCCUUGCCUUAUGAGUAUAUUUCUCCAGGCAAAUUUGCCUGGGCAGCACUUAAAUCUGGGCCAGAAAAUGGCUCAUUCCUCAGUUCAUAACAUGAACUGUUUGAGCAUCAUGCCAUUAGAAAGAGUAACUACUCAUUUACUCAACCAUAUCCAGGCCAUACAGUACUGUAAUUAUAGGAGCCACUAGUUACCUUACCUUGAAAUAUUUUACAAAUGUGACACUUUUGGCUAUCUCAAAUAGUUGACUACUAGAGGAUGGUAUUUAAAGAUCUUAAUGUGUGGCUGUUAAGAUAUGUAUCAAGAAAUUAAACAAGUUUCGACGCUGAACACUGAGUUUGAUGAAACAUGCUCAGCUCGAGCCAUAAACACACACACCGAGCCGGGUUCUGGUUCUCAGAAGGUUAAUUGAGGUUAAUUGAGGUUAAUUGAGGUUAAUCUUAGAGAGUGGGUUGUCGUUCACAGCUCUGUUAAAAUGUUCCUUAUCUCUUUAUGUUGUAUUGAGAGGGAUAUGUAACUGUGAACGAAGAUGCAAUGGUGAUUUUAGUUUUUAUAGUUUUUACAUUAGAUUUAACUAUUUAACUUAUUACACUUUUUAUCGGAAAAGUGAACUUUGUCAGCGGCUAAGUGGCGUAGUGUUCCCUACAUCCCUUACAUUUCCCAUUGGAUUUCCAAGUAUACUGUGGAGGCGUUUAAGUUGCUGAUUCAGUGGCCCUUACUCAGCUUCUUAAUUUCUAUCCCUCACUUCUUUUCCUGCCUUCUAAUCUCUAGAAUCUAGAGAUAUCAAGAUGUUGUAAACGCUACGUCACUCCAACGAAAGCUAUUUUAUACAGUCAGACCGUUGUAUACAGGUUUGUGUUAUAGUACAGGGUGAGCCAAAUAUCACGUGAUUGCAACGCUGGAAUGUUAACUCUACACAACUUCAACCAUUCUUUUAACAAUUUAUUUUUUGAUCUGCUUGGGAAUUUGAUCAUAAGAAAGCAAAGCGUGCUUUUACCUGGUUUUGUAAACGUCGCUGGCACACGAAUCGUAGUCGAGCAAUUAACCCAGUCGUUGCGGUCACAACUUUGGGCCAUCCUGUAUGAAGUGGUUACUAAUUUCGCCAAGUUUUUAUUUUGAUUGUAAUUCUUAAUAUUUAGGCUAGCCUCCAUUUAGCUGCACUAUCAAGAACCACUUAGAUACAUGAUACAAAAGAUAUCUCCUAAACAGAUAAGAAUGAUUUGUUUGUAUCGAGUUUCCUCGAAGUUAGGUUUUACGAAAUUUUAAACUGGUUAGCUGCCACUUGAAAGAUAAAUUGUGCCAAGUUUAUCGUCGUGUUAAUCGCACCCCAACUAUUUGAGUAGCAUUAACUUGUUAUUUAAAGUAUCAACUAUCACCAUAAAGACAUUUUCUAUUAAGAUUCGACCCCUUUGCAUCUGUGGACGUUGUUAGCGAACUUGAUUUUCAGAAUUGUCUACACUACCAGUUUUUGAUAUAAUAUAAUGCUUUUUAUCAAAGUUUAAUAGAUUGUGUAUUUG